ACAUUGAACAAACACUGAAGUAGCCGGGAGCAGACACUGACAGGGGUAGUAUCUCCACAGCCCACAAGGGCGUGCAGGGCCGGCCGGCGUCGCCACCGCCCCGGAUCUCCCGCCCCGGCCGAGGAGCUUUCCCUCUUUUUUCCCAUUCCCCUUUUUUUUUGUCUUCCAAAAGAAGUGAGGAAACCAUUUCCGAGCUUUUUUACUUUUAAAGCCAUCUUUCUCCUUCGAGGUCUGCGUCCCCGGGCCAUGUAGUCUGCACAGGACGCGGGAAUCUUGAGCAAUUGCAGCGGCGCUGUUGUUUACGGAACUCUGGGCGGGGGCUGAGCCCGCGGUCUUGCCCCCCGCCCAACGCCCAGGCCAUGCCACCCCAUCCGCGCGCGGAGCCGCGGCCGCCGGGCCUCUGGGGCUGAGCCGGGAGCCGAGAGCCGCGGGAGGAGGAGGCGCCGGCGGCGGAGCCGGAACAGGAGCGGCGGCGGCCGGCAGCGCAGCGGACCCAGUACUAUGGCUAUGUACUGCUAUGCACUCAACAGCCUGGUGAUCAUGAAUAGCGCCAACCAGGUGAAGAGCGGCGGCGGCCCUCGGCCCAGCAGCAGCGAGACGCCCCCGCCGCCGAGGAGGGCCGUGUUGAGCCCCGGCAGCGUUUUCAGCCCCGGGAGUGGCUCCUCUUUCCUCUUCCCCGCAGCCGAGUCGUUGUCGCCGGAGGAGCCCGGGAGCCCCCCGGGCUGGCGGAGUGGCCGGCGCAGGCUGAAUAGUAGCAGCGGCAGCGGCAGCGGCAGCAGCGUGGGCAGCCCGAGUUGGGCGGCUCGCCUAAGAGGCAACCGGCAGCAGGUGGUGACCACCGGUACCCUCUCCCCUCCGGGGCCGGAGGAGGCCAAAAGGAAGCUUCGAAUCCUACAGCGCGAGCUACAGAACGUGCAGGUGAACCAGAAAGUGGGCAUGUUCGAGGCGCACAUCCAGGCGCAGAGCUCCGCCACUCAAGCGCCCCGCAGCCCGCGUUUGGGCAGGGCUCGAUCGCCCUCCCCGUGCCCCUUCCGCAGCAUCAGUCAGCCCCCAGGAAGGGUCCUGGCUCAGACUGAGGAGCGGAGGACAAAGUCCUGGGGGGAACAAUGUCCGGAGACUUCGGAGGCCGAGUCCGGGAGAAGAGGAGGGACGCCCAGCCAACGCCUCUCGAAGGACAAGGAGGGAGUAGCACCUUUCCCCGGCCCUGCUGCCCCGGCAGGAUCAGCGGCUCAGGGUCCAGGCGCUUCGGUGAAAAUGAGGAAGCCGGUCCCGGCCGGACCCCGCUGUGGCUCACCCAUUGCUAUGGAAGUUGACAAGAGGGUUUCUCCUCUUUUGGGAACUCAGAAUUACCAAGCUCCCUCGUUGGGGCUGGUCGGAGUGACUUUAACGAUGGCCACAGAAGUGGCAGCGAGAGCCACAUCCACUGGGCCACACCAUCCACAGGACCCUGCCCUCACUGAGCUGUCUGAGACGGCCCGCGAGCUUGGGGGUGUGUACCCCCGGGAGGCUCUGGCCAAGAGUCAGGGGCAGUCUUUGGGCAGUGAGACAAGUCCGGCCCCAGAGAGGGGCGGGCCCCGCAGUGGAGAGCCCCCUGGGAAGGUGGGGAGAGAAAAUCUGCCCGGUGGCGUGCCCGGCCCCGGGGCGCCUGAAGCGGACAAAAAGCCAGAGGAGAGGACUGUGAACGCGCAAAGUCCGGCGGAGUCCUCUGAGGCCCCGAGCUGGUUCAGGCAGCCCGGAGACCGGGGCUCUGUAGGCUCCGAGGGGACCCUGAGUGGGGCCCUAGUGGCCAGGGAGGCACGGCCGCGCUCCAACAGAGUGGAUGAAGGGUCUCCGACGCUGGGCUUGCUUGGGGGCUGCAGCUCAGCACAGCCAGGCCCCGGGGAGGUGGAGGCGGGGAUUCCCUCUGGCGGAAUGCUGGAGCCUUUGCCCUGUUGGGAAGCAAAAGAUCUGAAAGAACCUCAGUGCCUUCCUGGGGACCGGGUGGGUGUGCAGCCUGGGAGCUCCAGGGUUUGGCUGGGCACCAUGGAAGAAGCGGGUCUGGCCUGGACGUGUGGCACAGGGGUGCAACCCGAGGGGACUCGGGGAAGCCAGCCGCAGGGCAGAGAUGCCCACCCCAGCCCAGAGCAGCUCUCCCCAGAUCAGAAGGACAAGCCUUCCCGGGGAGAGGCCUGCAGCCGAAGCAAUAUCCCUGCCGUCAUCAUUACAGACAUGGGUGCCCAGGAGGAUGGUGCCUUGGAGGAGGCGCAGGGAAGCCCUCGGGGCGGCCUGCCGCUGAGGAAACUGUCCUCUUCCUCUGCGUCUUCCACUGGCUUCUCCUCCUCCUAUGAGGACUCGGAGGAGGACAUCUCCAGUGACCCCGAGCGCUGCCUGGACCCCAACUCCGCCUUCCUGCAUACCCUGGACCAGCAGAAGCCCAGAGUGAGCAAAUCAUGGAGGAAAAUAAAAAACAUGGUGCACUGGUCUCCCUUUGUCAUGUCCUUCAAGAAGAAGUACCCCUGGAUCCAGCUGGCAGGACACGCAGGGAGCUUCAAGGCGGCUGCCAAUGGCAGGAUUCUGAAGAAGCACUGUGAGUCGGAGCAGCGCUGCCUGGACCGGCUGAUGGCCGACGUGCUGAAACCCUACGUGCCUGCCUACCACGGGGACGUGGUGAAGGACGGGGAGCGCUACAACCAGAUGGACGACCUGCUGGCCGACUUUGACUCGCCGUGCGUGAUGGACUGCAAGAUGGGCGUCAGGACCUACCUGGAGGAGGAGCUCACCAAGGCCCGGAAGAAGCCCAGCCUCCGGAAGGACAUGUACCAGAAGAUGAUUGAGGUGGACCCAGAGGCCCCUACCGAGGAGGAGAAAGCCCAGCGGGCUGUGACCAAGCCGCGGUACAUGCAGUGGAGGGAGACCAUCAGCUCCACGGCCACGCUCGGGUUCAGGAUCGAGGGCAUCAAGAAAGAAGACGGCUCCGUGAACCGGGACUUCAAGAAAACCAAAACGAGGGAGCAGGUGAUCGAGGCCUUCAGAGAAUUCACUAAAGGAAACCGGAACAUCCUGAUCGCCUACCGGGACCGGCUGAAGGACAUUCGGGCCACCCUGGAAGUCUCUCCCUUCUUCAAGUGCCAUGAGGUCAUCGGCAGCUCCCUCCUCUUCAUCCACGACAAGAAGGAACAGGCCAAGGUGUGGAUGAUCGACUUUGGGAAAACCACGCCCCUGCCCGAGGGCCAGACCCUGCAGCACGACAUCCCGUGGCAGGAAGGGAACCGGGAGGACGGCUACCUGUCGGGUCUGAACAACCUCAUAGACAUCCUGACGGAAAUGUGCCCGGGCGCCCCCCUCUCCUGAGGCCACCCUCUGCCCCACCUCGUCGCCACCCUGGCCUCUCCUCCCCCUUGCUUCCCUUCUCCUUCUGAAUUUUUCCUUCACUUCCACCUGGGUGCAAGCCCUAGAACUGACCCUCCCGAACGGCACUACAAGACACUUUGUAGACGAGAUGAGAUGAGAUUUUCUAGUUACUGCCUGAUUGAAGGGUUUGGAGCAGGGGCUUCCAUUUUGCUUUCUCAAUAGGAUCUCCUACUAGCAGAGAAAUGCCCAAACCCAGGCUUGGCCGCCUGCAGGGAGGUCAGUAGGGUUUAGAUCUGAGGGAGGUUCAGGUAGCCAUGGGGUUCCUGGCUCCAGAGGGGACCCUAACAGAAGAACCCCCCACCCCAAGCCUCUGGGCAGGUUACCUGUGAGGGCCUGCUGCCCCCUGGUGGCCAGUGCCAUUGGCACCACUGUUCGGCACAGCCUGUUCCUGCCCCAUCCUCUCAGCCUGGGGAUGGGCUGGUGCUGUAAAAAUAGGUGCCUGGUGCCAGGCUUUCUGGUAUUUGGGGCACAAAACCACUGGGAACAGAAUGUUGGCCAUGAAUAAAGUACCCUCUGCUUAGCAGCCUAGGGACUCCGAGAGAUGCCGUGGUGGCCUUUGUAGGGCUGCUAAAGCAGAGACCCCACCCAUCCGGUAUUGAAACCCUCCGGCACUGGGACAGACCCAGGAGCCAGAAGUCCAGAUCCAACUUGACUGUGCUCUCUGACAUUGGCCUUCCGAGGAGUGGGCAGGUAGGAGCUGUGUUCUCCCUCUCUGAUUUUCGCCCGUGAAUUCAGAGGGACAUUCUGCAAACCUGAGCUUCCAGGGAUGCCACCCAACCCCCAGAGCCACUCGUACCCCCCACUCCCCACCUUGCUGUGACAGGGUCCUCAGGGCUGGAUGGCAGUGGGCCAGGGCCCAGGCAGCCCCAGGGGAAAAGAGACAGAACCUGCCAAGGACAUUCCUCUCCUGUCCCCUCGCCUCCCAACUUCCUGGUGCCAGGUGGUCCCCCUGCUGCACACCCAGGAUGCUCAUGAGGCCCAAGGUCCCCAGCAGUUACGGGGCAGAGCUGCAGGCCAGUGCUACGCAGGGAGGAGGCAGGAGGCUGGCUUACCGCCAUCAUUCCCCCACCCCGGCCCCGAAAUAAGUCUUAACAGCCUGAAGGGCUUAGACCCGCUUCCCAGAUACGGCGUGAGCAGCUUCCAGAGUAUGUGGAGGGUGCCAGGCAUCUCUUCCUGGGGUCUCUAGGUUGCUUGAAGAUUCACAAGGAACCAACUGUAAGCCUUAUUUUAAUUGUAAAGCAAGUAGGUCUAUAUUAUUGAGAAGAAUGUAAAUUUGCGUGAGUUGUAAAGAACAAUAAGUCCAGCUCUUUGGCCAUUUGGAGCUGGGCCCCAGGUGUUCACCUUUGCUGUCAGAGGUUGGACCCGUUGCUCUGCAGGGAGCUGCUCCAGGGACACUUGGAGAUGAUGUGUCCCCAGGGGUGUGUGCCUGGAGGACCAAUCCAGAGGGAAGCCUUCCUGGGCUGCCCCCUGUCACCGCAGGGUCUCUGGGGGAACUGUCAACUUGCCCACGUGACACGUUCGUUUCCCCUUUCAUGCUGGGUGAGUGACGGUUGGUGGGGGCAGAGGGUGGGACACAUGAGGAUGCAUAAGCACAGAGUUUAAAAAUGGAAAUCACUUUUGAACUUCCUGGCUCUUGUUCAAAACAGCAGUGAGCUCCUGUGUGGGCUGCCUUGCUAAAGGUCACACCCCCUCCCGGCUGAGCACGAGAGACCUUGUGACACCACAUGACCCUAGAAGGCAGAAGCACCAAAGUCAGCCCGGGGUCUUGGGAGCUGUAGUCAGCUGGGUCAGAAGGGACCCCGGGGGUCUGGGCUGCUCCUGUCUGUGGGGAAGGGACAUCAUUAAUUCAGAUGUAAAAGUUCUACAACUAUGGGCUGGCCAAGUUAUCCUCAUUCUAUCUAUGAAAAAAGUUUGCUAAAGCAAAUUAAUGCUAUGAACAAAAAUUACAGGGGACCAGCUUAACCAAUUUAAGAGAACAAACUUUCCAAGCACUUUAAGCAGGCACCAGUUGUUUGCAAACAAUGUGCUAAUAUGCAAGUGACUUGUUCAUUAAAGGAGGCCCAUCGGGCCUCUUACUGGUGAUCCUUUGCUUUGAGUUACAGUAUAUAUGUGAAUGGUAGAAAGUGGCAUCUUUCUAGGGUUAUGCUAUUAGGGGUUUGGGGGUUUUGUAUUUCCCAUGCUAGUUCUCCUGCACACCUACUCUCUCUCUCAACCCAUUCUCCCCUCUGUCCCCCACUCCCUUAACCGAGCGGGAUAGAUGGAUCCUGGAAUGUGAUUUCCCAGAACCCCUGCCUAGGCGGUCUGAAAACCUUCCCCAGCCAGCCUGGUCCAGGCAGGGACUCCUUGGGUCUCGGCCGUGCAGGUGCCAGGAGGGUGGGACGAGGUGUGCACACCUGCGCACAGGUGAGUGGGCGCCCUUUCUGCCCUGUCCCCAUGGGGCCCUGGGGCUCUUGGGGUUCAGCACUGCUCAGCAGUGGAGGGAGGUAUCUCAACUGCUUGUCCCAGAUGUGCCUUUAGUGUCAUGUAAGAAGUUUUUAAGUUAUAUUUAUUUUGUUGGGUUUUUUUAAUUGCACAAAACACUAAGUCUGAGAGGCUGGAUUCUGUUUCUCCUUUAAAGCUUUGCCUUCCUUCUGAAUUUCCUUUCCCACCCAAUGGAAAGAGCCGGAUGCAGCCCUGGCCAUCCUCCCACCCUACCCCGCCACCCUCCGCCAUGGACUCUUUCCACGCUUCGCUGUAUUUAGCUUUGAGUUUCUCUGCGUCUGGUCAACUCCCGUGUGUAUAUAACCCAGGCCGUUGCUUGGGAAGAAGCAGGGUGCUCACCCCCUGCCAGUGCCUUUUUCUGGAGGAGAGAACUCCCCUGAACGUCCUCCUUCCUUCUGCACCCCUCUCCCCGCCACACCUUUGGAGAAAACUGAGCUGUUACAAACCCCCGCACAGUGCCUGUCAAACAGACUGCAGAUGCUCUGUACCUUCCUGAAUAAAGGCCCUGGAGAUCA